GCUGCAGCAGGGCCGUCGGGCUGUGCGACACCUGAGGACCAGCUUGCUGCAGGAAGAACUGUGGCUGUGGGCCAAGCAGCCAUAGCAUGUUAGAUGAUCUGUUUUUAAACACAAUGUAGGAUGCAUUCAGUCAGAUGGGGGGGUCAGAACAGGCUCUGAGAGGAAUAGUUGUUGAGUCUAAAGCUUGGGAUUUGUAGUUCAGCUUCCAGCCUGAGCAGAGGCAUCAGUGGCUUUCUUUUAAAGGAAGUGGACUACAACUCCCACACACCCAACUCUCCAGAUACUUUGUAAACUCUGUGCAAGUUGCGCGUCUGCACUGCUAUUUUAGGUAUGCAGCUACUGCUCGGCCCUGUGUGUGUGUGUGAGUGAGUAUGUGUGUGUGUGUUUUUUUAAAAUGUCUGGUUUUUGGCUUUGCAGAAAUAAAUCUGGAUUCGGGGUAGGAGGGGUGCAUAGAUGACAUUUGGCAACAAGGUAGCACGCGCACGAUCACACAUCGAGUUUGCAUGUCGAGGAAUGCACACAGUCACUCCCUCAUUACUGUGAGAGAUGUUUUUUUCCUUUUUUCUGAAACCCUCUUAAAGUAGAAAUCACACUGAAAUUUACAGCUGAGUUCCCACUUGACUACGCUGGCCAGCAUCCAUAAGAUCCACCACACCUUGCACAGGCUGAACCUGACAGAAGACGUUGGACAGGAUAGCCGCCCCUCAGCGUGUUGCCCCAGAGCCAUGCCUCCUAGGAAAAAGAGGAGACCCUCUGCUGGAGACGACAUGUCGGCCAAGAAAAGUCGCCAAGACAGCGUUUUCAGAAAACACGAAACGCCACAAAUCCGUGAAGAGGAGACAUUUUCCAGUAAAAGAUGUCUGGAGUGGUUCUACGAAUAUGCAGGUGAAGGUUGUGACGACGUGGUGGGUCCAGAGGGCAUGGAGAAGUUCUGUGAGGACAUCGGGGUGGAGCCGGAGAACGUGGUGAUGCUGGUUCUUGCCUGGAAGCUGGACGCCCAGAGUAUGGGAUACUUCACCCUCCAGGAGUGGCUGAGAGGAAUGGGCUCGCUGCAGUGCGACUCCACGGAGCGGCUGAGGAACUCGCUCGACUACCUGAGAUCUGUCCUGAACGACAGUACCAGUUUUAAGCUCAUUUAUAGAUACGCCUUUGAUUUUGCCCGGGAAAAGGAUCAGAGGAGUUUGGACUUGAACACAGCCAAGUGCAUGCUGGGUCUUCUUCUGGGGAAGACGUGGCCUCUGUUUCCCGUGUUUAAUCAGUUUCUAGAGCAAUCCAAGUACAAAGUCAUCAACAAGGACCAAUGGUGCAAUGUUUUAGAGUUCAGCAGGACAAUCAACCUGGACCUCAGCAACUACGAUGAGGACGGUGCCUGGCCAGUUUUGUUGGACGAGUUUGUGGAAUGGUACAAGGAGAGACAGAUGUCAUAGAAGAGCAAGAAAAAAAAAACAAUGGAGGAAAGAAACACAACUGUGACAACAAACGACUAUGAGAAUCAACAACCGACAAGUAAACAAUACAACAAUGGUAAAGCAGUGACUGUGGGCGCUUCCGGGUAGAGGAGAGGGGGUUUAUGGGUAGGCUAGGAGGGUGUGUGUGUGGUUGUGUGUGUGUGGCGGGGGGGCAGACGCUGGGUUUGCAGCCUGGGUGAACGCCGCCCAGAAAAGCAUGGAGGGCUGCCAUAGUGAGGUUAUGUCUCCUAUCAAAGUUGCAUAGUCGGCGAGCUUGCAGCAAUCCCCCCCCUCACCCCCUCACCCCCUCACCCAGUGGCAUUGCUCUCUCUCACUGUGACCCGUCAUAUUGCUGUGUGUGUGUGUGUGUGUGUGUGUGCGUGUGUUUGGAUAACAUGAGAUCACACAUGGACGAUGGAAGCUGAACGGUUUUGUGUGUUUGUCAGAGAAAAACGAACCAUUCAUGCAUUUUGUGUCGGAGUCUUUAAAAGGGGUCACUUUGAUCCGGGGCACACUUUAAACUAUGAA